AACGACUCUAAUCUCUGUCUUUAACAUUUCUUCCUUUUCAAGAACUCUUAUACUUGUACUGCAUGUAUGUAGCUCAGUAAUUUCUCAUAAUUCUGUAUCUUCUUAUUUAUUCUUCACGUAUUUCUACACAGAUAAUUUCAAUCCUCAUCUUGACUCUUGAAACCCUACUAAUUCUCAUUCAUAAUUACACCUUAAGCUUCAGUUUUUUUCACAGCAAGUUCAAAACAAUAUGGUAGACGGAGCACAUUACCGGAACGGCGAGGCGAACCCGGUCUCUACAACGACGAUUGGCUCGUCAGUGAUUCCUACAGUUCAUAAACUUCAGGACAUACUUUCUCCAAUUAGCGACGAAUUAACAAAAAUAUCACUGCCGCAAGUAGCGGUGGUUGGCAGUCAAAGCAGCGGCAAGUCGAGCGUUCUUGAAGCACUCGUCGGCCGUGACUUUCUUCCACGUGGCUGCGAUAUUUGUACUCGCAGACCUCUUGUUUUAAUGCUCGAGAAUCGUGCACUUACACCUGACGAUAAUGCUGAGUACGGCGAGUUUCGCCACUUACCUGGAAAACGUUUCUACGAUUUUCAUAAAAUUCGCGACGAAAUUCAGGCUGCGACUGAAAGAGAAGCAGGAAGUAAUAAAGGAGUAUCAGAUAAACAAAUUAGCUUAAAGAUAUGCUCUCCUAAUGUACUUAAUAUGACACUUGUCGAUUUACCGGGAAUUACUAAAGUACCUGUAGGAGAUCAACCUAGUGAUAUCGAAUCAAGGAUUAGGAAGAUGAUAAUGGCUCAUAUUAGUCAAGAGAAUUGUAUUAUAUUAGCUGUUACGCCCGCGAAUUCAGAUUUAGCUACUUCUGAUGCUCUUCAGAUGGCUAGAGAAGCUGAUCCUAAUGGUACGCGGACAAUUGGUGUUAUUACAAAGCUUGAUAUAAUGGAUCGAGGAACUGAUGCCUGCAACUUUUUACUUGGAAAAGUUGUCCCACUACGUCUUGGAUAUAUUGGUGUUGUUAAUCGUAGUCAAGAGGAUAUUAACUAUAACCGAAGUAUCCGUAAUGCGCUUGCACGUGAGGAGCGUUUCUUCAGUGACCAUCCUAUAUAUAAUGGCCUCUCUGAUCGAUGUGGAGUUCCCCAGUUAGCAAAGAAGUUGAAUCAGAUCCUGGAGCAGCAUAUCAGAAUGGUUCUUCCAAAUUUGAAGGCUGAGCUAAAUUCUCGUGCAGCUGCUUUGUCAAAAGAGCUAAGCGCAUAUGGUGAAGUAAUAGAGUCAAAAGCUGACCAAGGAAUGAUUCUAUUGAAUAUCCUGAAAGGAUAUUGUGAAGAUUUUAUUGCCAUGGUGGAUGGAAAAGGUCAGCAUAUGUCAACCAAAGAGCUGUCUGGAGGAGCGAGGAUCAACUACAUUUUUCAGUCAAUUUUUGUUAAAAGAUUGGAGGAAGUUGAUCCUUGUGAAGAUUUAACUGAUGACGAUAUUCGGACAGCAGUUCAGAACUCUACUGGUCCUAGAAAUGCUCUCUUUGUGCCAGAGGCUCCAUUUGAAGUUUUGAUAAGAAGACAAAUAGUGCAGUUGCUAGACCCUAGCCUCCAGUGUCUAAGAUUUGUUCAUGACGAACUGAUGAAGAUGAGUCGUUCUUGUCAAGCAACUGAGUUACAGAGAUAUCCAUUUUUGAGGAGCCGCCUAAAUGAAGAGAUGGGACAAUUUAUGUUUGGUGGUAGAAAACCAGCAGAGAGUAUGAUAAGAAACUUAAUUGAGAUGGAGAUGGAUUACAUAAAUUCGUCACAUCCAAAUUUUAUAGGUGGGAACAAAGCUGUUGAACUUGCCAUGCAGGAAGUGAAAUCAACACAGGAUAAUAUUAACGCUGAAAGGAUAUCAACACCUGAGAGAGAACAGCGAUUGCGGGUUAGUAUUGCUAGGUCAGGUGUCAACGGAAAUACAUCUAAUCAGGGAAGUCAUCUCCAGUCAAAUAAUGAUAAAGCUCCAGCAGGUCGCAAUUCAUCCACGAGAAGCUGGGGCAUUUCAUCUAUAUUUGGAAGCAAGGUAUCAUCUGGAGUAGUUACAUCCAGAACAAAUCUUCAUGAAACUUUCCAUGACACUGAGCAUUCAUCAUACACAAUCCAAUUGAGAGAGCCUCCAUCCAUCUUGAGAGCACAAGAAAUGACAGAGAAAGUAGCAGUGGGAAUAAUUGUAACCAAAGUGCUUUUGAGGUCUUACUACGACAUUGUUCGGAAGAACAUUCAAGACUUAGUGCCCAAAACCAUAAUGCACUUUUUGGUGAAUCAUACUAAAAGGGAGCUACAUAACAACUUCGUACAGAAACUGUACAGGGAUGCUCUUUUUGAAGAGCUUUUGCAGGAGCAUGCUGAGGUGGCUGCAAAGAGAAAACAUGCCCGAGAAGUUUUCAUUGUUUUGAAGCAAGCUAUACAGACCCUUAAUGAUGUGGAAUCUGAUGUGUCAUCUCGAUCAUAUGAGGGCAGUACUACCGGAUUGCCGCCAGGAUAUUCAGGGCGUCUUCAUUCAAUAUCUGGUAAAAAUAGUUCAUCUCGGACAUUUUCAUCCGUCGGCAAAUCCCCUAGAUUAUAUUACUCAGAUGAGCAGGUGUUGCCUGUGAACUGAAUUGGACUGUAAGCUAUCUUUGCAAAUUUUGAGGUGUUAAUUCAAGAUGGCUGCUGGUUAAUUCAAUUCCAGGUUGUUAUGGGUUGGGGUUUUUGAUGUCAAUGUGUAUAAAUUAAACAUUUGUUAUCAUAUAAAUGAUAGCAUUUCCCAUGGGAAUUUCGAUAUGCGGGCCUCGCCGUAAAUGAGCAGGAACUUCUGCCUUUAUUUAGAGCUUCCAAUUUUGCAGCAAAGUGUGAUACAGAUACUUUUCGUCUGUCUGCUCUGUCCUCUGCUAUAUUGUCUUGUAUUGUUUUAAGAUUAAUCUUCUUGAUCUUAUGGUCUUGAAGCAUUUAGCAUUAAAGGUGUGCUUGGUUCCAAUGAAUUCACAAAAUUUUGUGGAAUUUAUUGUAAAUGGAUAUAGUUGUGUUUGGUUUACUUAUUAAUUUAUUUUUGUAACUAUUUUUAAUA